CACUCGACCAGGAGUGGCUCACUUCCUCUUCCGGCCGUGACAGGAAGUGGAAGUGGCUGAGGGGACGUGUCCGAGCGCGGCGGGAGCCGGGGGCUGCGGCAAUAUGGAGCUGGAGGCAAUGAGCAGAUACACCAGCCCGGUGAACCCGGCUGUCUUCCCACACCUCACCGUGGUGCUGUUGGCCAUUGGGAUGUUCUUCACUGCGUGGUUCUUCGUCUAUGAGGUGACGUCCACCAAGUACACGCGGGAUAUCUACAAGGAGCUGCUGAUCUCGCUGGUGGCAUCACUCUUCAUGGGGUUUGGAGUCCUGUUCCUGCUGCUGUGGGUUGGGAUCUAUGUGUGAGGCCCAGGCGGUGACAUGUGGACCCCCAGUGGCUGUGGGAAGUUCCAGACAAGUUCUUUUUGUAUUUGUUUUAUACUUCAAUGUGGGAGCUCGUUUCAGGCCUGGACUGUGCUCCUGUCGGGUGACUCCUGCCAGCACAAUGAACCAAACCUGAAUAAAUCUGGUUCACUUGCC